AUAGAAGAGAUUUUUUUGUCAUUUUUAUUACUUAAAAAAAUGGGAUCUAAAGAUGACUCGAAUAAAAACUCGAAAAUGAUUAAGUAUGGCAAGGAUGGCGAAUAUUCAUUAGAAUCGGACAAAUUAGUGAAUGAGACAGGAUUAGUUGAAGGAGAUUCGGUUGUGGAGAUCAAAGAUGAACGACAGAAUCAACUUCUGUACAAAGUGGCCGACCAUCCUCCAGUAUACCUGACUAUCUUUUGUGGUCUACAGCACACUUUAAUAUCUCUGUCCGGAAAUAUGGCAAUCUCCCUUUUGGUAGCUGAUGUGACGUGUGCAGCUCACAUGGAAGACAUCAAAACCACACUUCUGAGUUCUACUCUCUUGAUGUCGGGGGUUGUUACAGUGUUUAUGACUCUGAUCGGUUCAAGACUUCCAUUAUUUCAAGGAGCAGCCAGUGACUAUCUAAUUCCUCUACUAGCUCUGCAGGUUUUGGAUAAGACGAGAUGUGACUUUACAGACAACAUUAACCCUGAUUUAAAUUCUACGAGUGCAAACACAUCUAUCAUAACGGACCAUAGAGAAAAAAUACUAAACAACAUACGAGAGUUACAGGGAAGUCUUGUGGCUGCUGGAGCAUUUCAAUGUCUACUCGGGGCAACAGGUCUAGUGAGCCUCCUUCUGAAAUUCAUUGGACCAAUAACCAUCGUUCCCACUCUAUUUUUGAGUUGCAUUUUCAUUGUCAGAGCAUGCGUUAAAUUUGCUUCCGUUCACUGGGGCGUUGCACUGCUGGUAACAGCAGUUUCCCUGAUUUUGUCGUUGUAUCUAAGUCAUCAUAACACACCUAUACCAAUGUGGACGAGAAAGAAGGGAUUUCACAUUUUAUGGUUUCCAUUGCACCAAGUUUAUUCGAUUCUAAUAGGAAUUUUGGUUGGUUGGAUGGUAUGCGGCAUUAUGACAGUAUCAGGGGCUUUUGAUCCUUACGAUAAGCUAGCCAGGACUGAUACAGGAAUAAGUGCCAUCAGAAAGGCCGCUUGGUUUCGCAUACCUUACCCAGGACAGUUUGGACCAAUGUCAUUCAGUACGAGUGUUUUUACGGGAUUCCUAAUAGGAACCAUCACAUCAACUCUCGACUCCAUCGGUGACUACUACGCAUGCGCAAAAAUGAGUAAUGUUCCACCCCCACCUUCACAUAGCGUUAAUCGUGGAAUCGCCAUGGAAGGUUUCUUUAGUCUCAUAGCAGGCUUAAUGGGAUGUGGACACGCCACAACCACAUAUGGCGGGAACAUUGGUGCAAUAGGUGUAACUAAGGUUGCCAGUCGAGAUGUCUUUCUUGCUGUUGGUCUUAUAUAUAUUGUAUUUGGAAUUAUUGGAAAAGUAUCUGCUGUAUUUCUAUCUAUCCCUUACCCAGUCCUAGGCGGGGCCCUGAUUGUAAUGUUUGGCAUGUUUAAUGGCGUCGUCCUGUCUAAUCUACAAGUUGUCUCCCUUAGCUCGUCAAGAAAUCUUGCGAUCAUUGGAACUUCCAUUUUGUUUGGUCUCAUGAUCCCCUACUGGUUGGAGAUAAACCCAGAUGCAAUACAAACAGGAUCCCCUUCACGUGACAGCAUAAUAAAAAUGCUUAUGGUUAAUCCUAAUUUAUGUGGGGGGAUUAUAGCUUGUUUACUGGACAACACAGUCAGAGGUACUUUAAAAGAAAGAGGAAUAGAAGCCUGGCAACAGAUGAUUGGUGAUAAGGCUGAGGAUGGAGAAGAAUUUGAUUACGACCUUACAAUAUAUGAUAUCCCCCUCUCACAAAAAAUGAAGAAAUCAAAGUUACUUCGGCGAUUGCCUUUCAUGCCUCCGCAAUAUAACUAAAACACUUCAGUGAUUCCAUUCAAGUGUAUUUAGAGUAUGCAGAUAUUAAUACUUAUGAAGUCUGCAAUAUUUACAUGUAUGCAGACUUUUUUUUAAUAAUUUAUGUAGUAAAUGGUAUAUACACCUCAUUCCACAUUUAACUUUAAUUCUCAAAAACAAAUACGGAUCAUUUAGAAUAUUUUUAAAAACUUUAUAAUUUUUUUAUUUUUUGUUUAUCAAGAAAACUAUUGCUCCCGAUAAAAUUUCAUUGCAAACAAUAUAUUGUUAUUCCGUAACUGUGCUAUUAAUUUUUCCGCACAAUAUGACCGGAGACAAAGAUAUAUCGAAGUAUCUAAUUAAUAUGAAAGUUUGGAACAUCAAUGGUAUGUAUCGCAAAAGAAAUAAGAAUAGUUAAAAAAAAAUGUCUUCACCGUCAAAGGUCAGUUCUCAACUGUGUAUCAUUUUAAACAUUUUAUUAGGAUGUUUUUGUUUUUUUUCGAAUAUAAACUUUGCACUUUAUUUCCUUAUUUAGAUUUUUAGGGGUACGAAGAACUGCCUUUACGCUAUAGCUCAUUGUGACUACAAUUACAUAUCUCUUUUCAUGAGUAGCGGGUAAUAUGUCCUUUUUUCGUGAAUAACCCCCGCCGAAAUAUUGAAAUAUUGCCGAUUCGGUUUAAAACAAUAAUAAUCACCAUCAUUAACCCCUAACUAUAUGUGUCUAAUAUGUUAGACUGAAUAUAGUUUUAUACAUAGAGUGCGUCUUAUAUGUUUGACUGAACAGCUUUAUACAUAUAGUGCGUUUAAAAUGUGUGACUGAACAACUUUAUCAGAUGAGUUCAUAAACACAUCUUGUUACAUUAUGAAAUCGUACAUGCUAAUUGUAACGUCAUGAACUUGUACAUUGAGGUGGGCAGCAACUGCAGACUCUAAUUUAUAAAAGAAAAUAAGCACACAAAUGGAUCAUUUUAAAUUUUUUCUGCGUAGAAUUUAGAAAUUUACCAAAUUAAUGACGUCACAUUUUCAGGAGGGUCUUUUUCAGUCCAUAUUCUUUAAUGAUUUACCAUAUUCAUCUACUCAACUCAUAGGAAAAGCUACUUUCAUUACAUUUCAAAAACAAUAAACUUUUUCGGUUAUAACUUGAUAAAGCCCAAAACGAACCUUGUUUUUGCUAUUGCAAAAUACCAUACUCAGAAUAAAAUCUCCCACCUCCUCUCAGCGUUCUAAGGGUCUUAAAAAUAUUUAAGGAAGAUAAACACGUACGCUGCACAUUCCGGGAUUUCUGAACAUUUUGCAAGAUCAAAAAUAACAGGUGUUAUUGGAAAAAAGAAAAAUAACAUACUAUCCAUUUGAUGUAUUGAUACUAAAAUAUAUUAUCUACAGAUAGUUUGACAUGUAUAUCUAUGUAUCGAUAAUAAGAGAUCUAUUAUAAAGAGGAAAACUUUAUUUCCUUUUUCCGGCAAUCUUUGAGCAAUAGUUCGAUUAAGUACUAUUUACUUUUAAAACCUCACUUUUGUGAAUAAUAACAGUUUUAGCCAUGAAAGAAAGAGCGAUUGACAAAAUACAUACAGAU